AUGUAACAAGGAGAAAGCUGAUUCUCAUUCUUACAAGAAAUAGCUCACUAUAGAAAUGCGAAAAUGCGAAUUUCGGACAAGGUUUUGAAUAUGACUAUGCUGCUACUGUGGUUAAAAUCAGUUAAAAUAAACCGAAAUUGCAGCAUAUUUCUUCGUACAUUUUUUGAAAUUUAAAAGGCGCAAAUGUGUUGGGUAAUUUAAGUAGGCUAAAUGGUCCUGUUCGAUAUUGAUAUUGAUUUUCGAUUAAUCCAAAUACCCAAUGUUCUUGCGCCACUGCCGCACAUAUUGAUUAAACACAUAUCCACGGAAAAACCACUAAUGGGAAUAUGUGAUCGGUCGCAAGUAUGUCUGCAUGACCAGAUCCUGUCCAUUGUUGAUUCAUUACCACCUGGAUUUGCAGAACUGCGUAUAUCGAUGGCCCAUAAUCGAAUUCUGGGCAAUCCCAAGUGCCCUUAUUUCGCCCCAAAAAAUCUGUGUGGACAUUAGCCGCUUCUGUGAACACGUCAGACCGAGGGACGAACGCAUCUUUCUCGUAUCGCCACUGUUAAACCAAUACACUGAAAAGUGCUCUGCUAUUUAGACGUUCUUAGAUCUAGUCCGUUGCAUAUAGUCACAGAAUGCAAACUAAUAUCUUCGUGAUUGGGUUGCUUGCCGUCGUUGCCAAUUCAUGGCCAUCUGCGGAAGCGAAAAAGCGUUCAGCUGAUGACGACGAUACGAACGAAUCAUUGGUUGGGACACCUGCUCGUCGUGGUGCCUUCCCAAAUGUGGGUGCCAUUUUGUUUGAUGGACGCCACAUUUGCGGUGCUACUCUUAUCAGCACCAACCACGUAUUGACUGGAGCCGAUUGUGUGUCUUUUUUGCAUGGAGCGGAGAAAUCCAACGAUCUAGCAAAGCUUAGGAUUUAUUUGAACACGGUUGCCUUGAAAACAUACAACCCUGGCGCAAUCAUCAGCAAUGUACGCCACAUUAAAUUUCACGAACUCUACGACAGAAAGACGAAAGCCAACAAUAUUGCUGUGUUGACUUUGGAAACGAAUGUCACGACGCUGUAUCCAUUGAGUCUUCCUGCGGAUGGCACAACGGAUGAUUACGUUGGGAAACAUGGUACAAUCCUUCGUUGGGGAGCAGCCAAAUCAGCCAGUACAACUCACAAAAUUCUACUGCAAGCCCCAGUAUCCAUCAUCUCCAAUUCAGAGUGCAGUUCAAAGUACCAGUUUAAGAUUUACGACAAUUCUUUGUGCGCCUCUGCCGGUUCUCAAGAGGGAAUUACUUGUAACGACGACAGCAACGGAGGACCAGUCAUUGUCGAGGGCCGUCAAGUAGGUAUUAUGAGCUGGGGGAAAGGCUGUAUGGAUUUCAAUUACCCAGGAAUAUACAUGAGAACCACCUCUUUCAUGGACUGGAUUAAAAGCAACACAGUGUAGCUAACUGUAUUUUUGGUUUCAUUACCUUGAAAUGUUUAAGGUGUUUGGGAAAAUAUAUAGUGGGAACAGAACGUGGCCUAAACUAUAUUUAGACAACAGUUUCCACAGUUUUCUUGAAAUACAAAAUUUAAUUUGGCAGACAAA